AAAAAACAAAACCAAUUUUUAAGAGCUAUCAAAUUGAAGAAAAGAAUGGAAAAUCAUGAUGGAGUAAGAAAAGAAUUAAAUAUAAUAAAUGUUGAUACUAGAAUAAAUGUCACAUCUUAAAGACAAUUAACCGAAUUAUUACCAAAAAAUUGCCUUAGUCAACUUUGUAUCAUACAGGGACUUGUGACAUCAUUCAACUAACAAUCGUGCUCGACUUAGGACGUGAAAAUACACGAUACGGAUCACAGAUGAAUAAAUUAACACUUAUCGGGUGAGAUUAAAAACAAAAAGUGAAAAAGUGAAACUCGUGAAUAAUUUUGGAAUAGUGCAAAUUUGGAAUCGAAAAGGAACAGACUCAAUAUAAAAUUCUCAACGUCGAGGAAAUUAUAAAUAUUAAAAUUAACUGGGAAAUCUCUACGGCAGAGAAAAAAAAUCAGAGCAUUAAGAUUAGGAAUUUUUUUUAUAAGGAAAAAAUAGAACUUUUUGGGCUUAACAAGAAUUUUUGGAAAAAAACUAAAUAUAUAUAUUGUGUUAAAAGCCAAAUAAUAUAAUAAUUAGAGAAUUUUCUUUCUUUUUCUGUGGAUAAAUUUAAGUCUUUACGGUAGAGACAAAUAAGAAUUUUUAUUAAAGAAAAAAAUUUUAAAAGUAACCAAGAAAAACUCAGAAAUUUGAAUUUAUUCGUAAUUGCACAGCAAAUAAGCAAGGAAAUUGCGUAUUCAAGGAACAUCAGGCAAAAUUAACAGUAGAAAUGAUUCAAGAAGGAAGCAUUUUGAUCAAGAACAUACAAACACCAACGGUACUGGCAAAUACAUUCAGCAUCGGAAACCAUACGGUAGAAGGCACAAUACUUGUAAACUUCCACAAUUGCACAGUCCACAUCAACGGUCAGGUUUUUUCAAACUUUGAACAAAAAUUUAACGACAAAGUUGUUUUACUUCUGUUCUUAGUUACAAUCAACAGAAAGAAUAAAGAACCACUCGUAGAGAUGGACGAGCUUCACGACUUACAUAUCAAAAAUAGAGACAGACUAGAUAACAUUCACCUGAUGCAAGUAUUAACAGCAGCAGGAGCAGGAACAAUAGCAACAAUCCUGACAAUAGCAUACAUUAUUUACAAAACACAUUCAUAUUGCAAGAUGGGAAGGAAGCUAGUAAUCACACCAGAUCAGAAGGAAGACAACGAGGAAGAAAGGAAUCCGGAAGCGGCAGGAGCGGUGGAAAUGCGUGACCGGGACGUUCACGACUUAAGAGGGGAGGAGUUACGGGAGAUUUAUAAACUGAGAAAAUAAAUGUGCACAACAUGUGGUGCACAUUUAUUUUUCCCAAGAAUUGUGCCUCACACAAUUUUUAUUAUUAUUAUGUAACAUUCUAACACAUUUUUCGCAUGUCUGCACAUUUUAUCGUUUCUGGGAAGCACCCAGAAUCCAAACAUUAUUGUAAGGGUUUUGUAACACUUAAAAGUGCAAGAAUAAAGUAGAGACAUUUCAGUCUUUGUUCAGUUCUCCAACUUAACUCAUCUCUCAUACUAUAUUUUGGAUAAACAAAACAUAAUUGUUAACUAUUUGAAAUUUUUAAGUAAUAAAUAAAGCCUUUUAGGCGCAAAUUGAAAAAAAAUCUACCAAACAAAUAAUCUUCUGAGUACGCAAAAUUCAUGCAAAAUAUUAUUUUUCAUUAUAGGCACCUUUAUUUUUAAAUAAAGUUUUCUUAUAAGAUCAAACUAUGUAUAACUAAUGUAUGCAUAUCGCUAGUCUAGGCCUAGACCAGUGUUGUCCAAAGUUUUUGAGCCACGGCACACCUGAGGGGUAAGCCAUGACCGAAGUCGCACACAGCAUGCGG